AUGGAUGUCAAUGUCCGGAAGAAAAUUCUGUGGUCUGCAUUUGAUUUUGUGAUGCCGGAAGACUUCAUUUUCGAUUCUCUUGCUUGUUCUUUUUCUUUUGCUUUCCACGUUAUUGCUGAUGAUAAUCCAACCCCUUCCUUAGUUGUCAAUGCUCAAUUUGGAAGGAAAAUUCCAGAAACAUUCUUUGGAAUAUUUUUCGAGGAAAUUAAUCAUGCCGGAGCUGGAGGAUUGUGGGCUGAGCUUGUUGACAAUGCAGGUUUUGAAGCUGGGGGUAGUCAAAUUCCUUCAAAUAUAUUCCCAUGGUCAAUUAUUGGAGAUGAGUCAACUAUACGUGUGACAACAGAGCGUUCAUCUCCUUUUCCUCGCAAUAAAAUUGCAGCACGAUUGGAUAUCAUGAAAAAUUCGUUAGUGGGAGUUGGUCUCUCUAAUCCUGGAUUUUGGGGCAUGAAUGUUGAGAAGGGAAAGAAAUAUAAGGUAACUUUUUAUGCGAGAUCACCAAAACCAGUUGACUUGAAAAUUGCAUUUGUGGGAGCAAAUGGAAAAGAGUUGGCUUCUGCUAACAUUAGGUUAGUAAUAAUAACGCACCUUCCAAAUUGGAAAAAGAUACAAUUGGUUCUCAAAGCUAAGGCAUCGGACUUUAAUUCAAGUCUUCAGAUAACAACAACCAAACAGGGAACAUUAUGGUUGGAUCAAAUCUCAGCUUUGCCUUUAGACACACACAAGGGACAUGGUUUUCGAAAGGAUCUUUUUCAAAUGGUUGCAGAUUUGAAACCAAGAUUUCUUAGAUUUCCUGGCGGUUGCUACGUAGAAGGAGAUUGGUUGAGAAAUGCAUUUAGAUGGAAAGACACCAUUGGACCAAGAGAAAAAAGACCUGGUCACUUUAAUGAUGUAUGGGGUUAUUGGACUGAUGAUGGCUUUGGAUAUCUGGAAUUUCUUCAACUUGCGGAGGAUCUUAAGACACUUCCAGUAUGGGUAUUUAACAAUGGUAUCAGUCAUCAUGAUCAAGUCAAUACAUCCAACAUCGGUCCUUUUGUGCAAGAAGCUUUAGAUGGAAUUGAGUUUGCAAGAGGUCCUGUCACAUCAAAAUGGGGCAAAUUAAGAGCUAAAUAUGGACAUCCCAAACCCUUUGAUUUGCGAUAUGUUGCUAUUGGAAAUGAAGACUGUGGCAAGGAUAACUAUCUUGGAAAUUAUCUCAAGUUUUAUAAUGCUAUAAAACAUCAUUAUCCAGAUAUAAAAAUGAUCACAAAUUGUGAUGCCACUGAAAGUCCCUUGGAUAUGCCUGCUGAUUUUUAUGACUACCAUAAAUAUACAUCUUCCCAUGAUAUCUUCUCAUUGCAUGACAAAUUUGAUUAUCAAAAUCGUACUGGUGCCAAAGCCUUUGUUAGUGAGUACGCAGUUUGGAAAGAUGAUGCUAGAAACGGCACUCUUUUAUCUGCCCUUGGUGAAGCUGGAUUUUUAAUGGGUUUGGAAAAGAAUAGUGAUCUAGUCGAAAUGGUUAGUUAUGCACCACUUUUUGUGAAUGCAAAUGAUAAGCGGUGGACCCCUGAUGCUAUCGUGUUUGACUCUCAUCGAAGCUAUGGUAUUCCUAGUUACUGGUUGCAACAGUUAUUCACCACAUCAAGCGGAGCUACGUAUCUGGAUUCAAAACUCGAAGCUCCAUCUACACUAAUUGCAACCGCGAUUCGUUGGGAAAAUCAAGAGACUAAGAAGAGUUAUUUAAGGAUUAAGGUGGUGAACUUUCACGGUAACUCAACGAGGUUUAAUAUUACUAUAAAUGGCUUGGACGAUGACGUGGAUUUUAGUGGCGCAACAAAGACACUGCUCACAUCUGGUAGUGUAUGGGACGAGAAUAGUUUUGAUAAGCCCAGAAAGAUUGUACCAGUGCAGAGUCCACUGGAUGAUCCCAGCACAGAAAUGCUAGUUACACUUCCAGCAAAUUCCGUCACAGCAUUUGACUUGCCUCUCUGUUUUCGUUCUCUCCUCCUCAGCUCCGCCACAACGUCUCCUGGCAGAGCUGCAGCACUACUUUCGGCUUUCGACAGCACUGCUGCACCAUCUGAUCAAUCUCUCUUCCUCCUUUGGCUUCGUCUGACUUUCCUUCAUCGCAUUCGCACCGAUUCGCAGCGCGCCACCUCCUCCGUCUGA